AUGAGGUCCGACCAGACCGAGAAUGGAGAGAAGAAGGAGGACCUUGAGGUCGGUGGAGAUGUCCUCGAGGCUACUGAGCCUUCUCCCGCGGCGGACGCAGACGACUUUCCGGCAGGCGCAAAGCUUGCCUUUAUCGUCGUGGCGCUGGCCAUGAGUAUGUUUCUGGUCGCUCUGGAUAUGACAAUUAUCGCGACGGCCGUUCCCAAAAUCACCGACGACUUCCACAGCCUGGAGGACAUCGCCUGGUAUGGCUCAGCCUUCUUUGUGACGAGCGGCGGCUUCCAGUCAUCAUGGGGCAAGGCCUUCAAGUAUUUCUCUCUCAAGAUUAGUUACCUCGCCGCCAUCUUCAUUUUCGAGCUCGGCAGUCUUAUUUGCGGAGUGGCACCGACAUCGACGGCCCUGGUUGUCGGACGCGCCAUCGCCGGAGUCGGUGCCGCCGGCAUCAGCUCCGGCACCUACACGCUGAUAGCCUUCGCGGCACGCCCUGAGAAGCGGUCCGUUUUUGUCGGCAUCUUUGGCCUCUGUUUCGGCAUGGCGUCCGUACUUGGGCCCCUGAUCGGCGGUGCUUUCACCGACCAUGUUAGCUGGCGCUGGUGCUUCUAUAUCAAUCUGCCCAUCGGCGGGUUGUCAGCCCUCCUUGUCCUCAUCUUUUACCGCACACCCGCAUGGGCCAAGCCUACAGAGGCCAGCUGGACGGAGAAGCUGCUACAGAUGGACCCCUUGGGCACGGUACUGGCAUUGGGAGCUAUCAUUGUCUAUAUUUUGGUUCUGCAAUACGGCGGGCAAACCGAGCCGUGGAACUCGUCCAAGGUGAUCGGCUUGCUCGUGGGCUUUGUGCUUAUUACCGCGGCUUUUGUGGCCUGGGAGAUAUAUGCGGGUGAGAGGGCGAUGAUGCCGCCGCGCCUAAUGAAGCAGCGAGUCGUGUGGUUCAACACGACAUGGGCCUUCCUCCUGAUCGGAGCCUACUUUGCGACUGUGUACUACUUGCCUGUGUACUUCCAGAGCAUCGACAGCCUCAGCCCGACGGCAUCCGGCGUGCGCAGCUUGCCGCUGAUCCUGACCGCCAGCGUCGCCAUCAUUAUUCUCGGCAUGACCGUCAAGUACUUCGCCUCUUACACGAUGCUGGUCAUGGCCUUUUGCGCAGCCGUCGCGGCCGUUGCGAUCGGGCUGAUGAUUUCUCUCGACAUUGGCACUUCCCUCGGCAAACAAGUCGGCUACCAGCUUCUGGCCGGGUUCGCGCUCGGAUUUCCCUUCCAGCUUCCAGUCAUCAAUGCCCAGACCCAGUCCAAGGCGGAGGAUCUGGCCGUCGUCACGGCCAUCAUUAUAUUCUCGGAAACCAUUUCUGGCGCCAUCCUCCUGUCUGCCGCGCAAUGUGCCUUCGUUAACCAGAUGCUGAAAACGCUGACUGUCACGGCCCCGAACGUUGAUUCGGCCAAGCUCAUCGCCACGGGUGUGUCCGAAAUCCGCGACGUGUUUCCUGCCGAGCAGAUCCCUGGAAUCUUGCUCGCGUACAUGGACGGCCUCCGGAUCCCGUUUGCCAUUGCCACGGCUACAGCUGGCGCUGCCUGCAUCCUCGCCUGCGUUGUCGUUGCUGUUCCCUCUCGUCUUGGAAAGAAGGCGGGUGACGGCGGUUUGGAGUGCAAUGAUGGCUCCGACGGAACCAAGGACGAGCGACCGGCCUCAAAAUGA